CGCACAGGGCACGCGCGCUACCGUUGGGUCCUCCUCCUCUUCCGCGUGCGUCCCGAGAAGCCCCCUCUCUCUGCUCUGCUUGGCUCGUGCUGCCUUUUAAAGCAAACUGACACAACAUGCCAUUCCCCACUCGGCCAGAGGACGGGACACGGUGAGGAGUCGCUGUGUCGCUCAUUGUAUCCCCCCCUUAUCCUGUCGUCACCCCCAUCGUCUUUGUUGUUUAGUUGCCUUUUUUUAUUAGUUCGUUUACACGGUUAGCUAGUUGUAGUCAUGUAUCGUUAUUUCGGGGAGCUGCUGAGCCGCUCUGCGGGUAGUGCCCUGGCCUCGGGUUGCGUGGACUCCGCUCUCCCGGUGUCCUCCUCCCUGAUGCGCAUCCGUCGCUAUGCCGAUGCGGCGGACCAACCCGACGACCCAAACUUCUUCAGGAUGGUCGAGGGCUUCUUCGACCGCGGCGCCGCCAUCGUGGAGGACAAGCUGGUGGAGGAUCUGAAGACCAGGGAGAGCCCCGAGCAGAAGAGGAACCGUGUGCGGGGCAUCCUGCGCAUCAUCAAGCCCUGUAACCACGUCCUGAGCGUGUCUUUCCCCAUCAAGAGGGAUAACGGAGAGUGGGAGGUGGUGGAGGGGUACCGCGCCCAGCACAGCCAGCACAGAACACCCUGCAAAGGAGGUAUCCGUUACAGCACAGAUGUGUCUGUGGAUGAGGUCAAAGCCUUGGCCUCUCUGAUGACCUACAAGUGCGCUGUUGUUGAUGUGCCAUUUGGGGGAGCCAAAGCUGGAGUCAAGAUCAACCCCAGGAAUUACUCUGAUAAUGAGCUGGAGAAGAUUACCAGGAGAUUCACUAUUGAGCUGGCCAAAAAGGGUUUCAUUGGACCUGGCAUCGAUGUCCCGGCCCCAGACAUGAGCACAGGAGAGAGGGAAAUGUCCUGGAUUGCUGACACAUACGCUAACACCAUCGCACACACUGACAUCAACGCCCAUGCGUGUGUGACAGGAAAGCCCAUCAGCCAGGGAGGUAUCCACGGGCGUAUCUCAGCCACAGGUCGUGGGGUUUUCCACGGCAUCGAGAACUUCAUCAACGAGGCGUCCUACAUGAGCAUGCUGGGCCUGACACCGGGCUUCCAGGACAAGACUUUUGUCAUCCAGGGCUUCGGUAAUGUGGGUCUUCACUCCAUGAGGUACCUGCACAGGUUUGGGGCCAAGUGUGUGGGCAUUGGUGAGAUCGAUGGAGCCAUCUACAACCCAGAAGGCAUCGACCCCAAGCAGCUGGAGGACUAUAAACUGCAACACGGCACCAUUGUAGGCUUCCCGGGAGCCAAACCCUACGAAGGUAACAUCUUGGAGGCCGACUGCCACAUCUUGAUCCCUGCUGCCGGAGAAAAGCAGCUCACACGUGUCAACGCUCCCAAAAUCAAAGCCAAAAUCAUUGCUGAGGGUGCCAAUGGUCCCACCACCCCAGCGGCUGACAAGGUCUUCCUGGAUAACAACGUCAUGGUUAUUCCUGACAUGUACCUGAAUGCUGGCGGUGUGACCGUGUCUUAUUUCGAGUGGCUGAAGAAUCUCAACCAUGUCAGCUAUGGAAGACUGACCUUCAAAUAUGAGAGAGACUCAAACUACCACCUGCUCAUGUCUGUGCAGGAAAGUUUAGAGAGAAAGUUUGGCAAGCAGGGAGGACCCAUCCCUGUCGUACCUACUGCUGACUUCCAGGCCAGAGUUGCUGGUGCCUCUGAGAAGGACAUCGUUCACUCUGGUUUGGCUUACACCAUGGAGAGAUCUGCCCGGCAAAUCAUGCGCACAGCAAGCAAGUACAACCUGGGUCUGGACCUUCGGACGGCCGCGUACGUCAACGCCAUUGAGAAGGUCUUCAAAGUCUACAACGAGGCUGGGCUUACCUUCACAUAAACGGCCAAUGACGACCCACCUUUCCUCUCCUUCCCCCUCAACCCUCUUUACUAUUGACCACCCUCCCCCGGCUUCUUUCACCCCCUAAAUAGCCUUCAGAACAUAUCACUGUUUACCGCUGCUUGUUGGCUCUUUUACACACACAUGCGUACAUACAGCAAGGCAUCGGCUAGCCCGGUAUUUAUCCCGUGAUCUUUGUGCUGCCAUUAUACUGUAUCUUCUGCUUCUCUGUUUAAAUAUCGUUCUCUUCUUGUUUUAGCCUGAGGUUAUAUUGAGAAAAAGCAGACGAAGAGUCCUGACAUGACAAAAGACCAUGUCCCUCCUGCAGCCAUCAUAUUCAUGAUAUUGUUGUACGGCAGCCAUGUUCAAAGCAAACGUUCUGUGAUCGCCGAACGCACGUGAGACCCUCCAGUUGCGGUAAUUUCAGAUGACAGCACUGCAGAUGCCUUAUUUCAGAAAGAGUUGUGCUCUAAAACAGAGAUGUCCACUUCAGUUUAAUUUGAAUUAAAAGGGAUUUAGAUUUAACUUUAUGUGAAUAAAAGAGAAUACUAAUUUUAUGACUUCUCGCACUUCAGGUGUAAAGGUUCGUAGUGAAGUUGCCAAGAUUUAGAGGGUUUUUUUCAUAGUUUGUCUGAGAUUCGAUAGACGUUCUCCCACUCCUCGCCCGUCCAGUUUCCUUCCUUUCCUUCCUCUCCUAUAUUAAAAGCAGCUUCUCCCCGACUCCUCCGCUGGCCAAGAAAGGGGAGCAGGGAGGGGGCUAGGUGUCACUGUGACCGCCCAUCCCCUUAGUUGAAUUUUCCUCAGUUUUAAUCGUCCACUUCCUCAAUGUUGAAGUUGUUAUGGAGGAAAUUAUUUUUAUUUUAUGCAAACCAAACCAAUAAAAUGUUCAGAAAAAAAAGAUACAA